AUGCGUUUGUAUAGAUCUCUGAAGCCCGACAGAAAAUCUAAACGAGAGCUCGACAGAAACUUGCUCUAUUCCACAUUGAUAGACGAUGUCACUCCCACAAAGACAUCAAAGAAAAGAGCUGAGCGUGAGAGAAACUCACGCAAUAGGCGGCCGCGUCGUCGAAUAGCACAACCACGACCAAACCAACUUCUUGAGCCUCCAGGGUAUCAUUUACAUACUGACCAGAUUGGUUUGCUUGUUAAACCUGACAACAGACCUGGAGAUUUUCGAGAUAUUAACCACAAUACUUCCAUACCUGGAUCCUUUGCUGAAACACCCGAGAGUGUCGCAUUGCUACUCAACAGCCAUAACCCAAACUCGACCUUUACUGCCGAAGCUACCGAUAUAGGUGCAUCCGGUGUUGAUGAGGGAGGCUUGAUGAUAGAAUCACCGCCGACUGUUUACCAGACAAACCCCAAUAUUCCAUCGGCCUUCCAAGACUUAUUCUUUAGCUCCUCUGGAGACCUUUGGAAUAACUUUGGACCCCAGGAUAUGACUCCGACUGAACUUCGCCGACAUAUGGAAGAGACGGCCCGCGAGGUCCAAAGAAGGGCGGCACCACCGCCCACACUGGACCCAAACCUUGACCAGGAGGUCUUCUCUGCUAUGUUGACCUUUGGGAAUGGACAUACAUCUCGAGAGAUCGUUUGUUUGGACGAAGGCUUUGAGGUCAAUUUCGUUUCCCAGGGGUAUCUCAAUAAACUCCGAACGACUUCUGGGAAACCAUUAUGCUUAGUUCCAGCUCCGCCUAUUUAUCGAGAAGUAUUUACUCCCGACGGAAGAUGGGCUCCCGUUCGGUAUCUACUCUAUGCCGACCUUGAAUGGGAGUCUCCUGAUAUUCCAUUCCCGCCCCGCCAGCUGUGUUUCAUUCACUAUAGUGGAAACGGGGGUGUGCAUGACAACAAGCUGAUUCUGGGUCAAAGUUGGUUCAAUAGCACCGAGGAUCAAGCACCCAACCGGCCCUAA